AUGGCUACUCCAGAUCUUUUAAGAAGUAUUCAAGAUAAUCGUAUCGAUAAAGUUAUUCCAGAAUCCGUUUAUGACUCCAAUUUAAAGUCAAUAUAUGACAAGAUUAUUGAAAAAAGUGGAGUCAAAACCGUGGAAACAAAAUUUGAUCCUUAUAAGCAUUUGAAAUAUUAUGCUGAUGGGAAAGACAAGGAGAAAUUCCAUUCCACUAGAAAGAUAUCUAUGGAAGAGUUAAGAAGAUCUCACCCUGACCAAAUUACUGAUCUUGGUGUAACAGAUCCUUUCCCUCUUUUCACUGAUGAAGCUAUUUCAUUAAUGAGGCAAGAAUUUUUGAAUCGAGAUAUCUUCUUGAAAUAUACAAGAUACUCAUAUAGCUCAACAAGUGGAUUGGAUGCCAACUUAAGAGGGUACGUUAAGGAUAUGGAUACUAUUAAUUGUCCCUUUAUCCAUAGUGCUUGGAACCAUCCUUUGACCAUAGAUUUGAUUAAUAAAAUGGCAGGAGUUGAAUUAGAAAUAAUUUAUGACUAUGAAAUUGCAAUUGUGAAUCUUUCAAUGAAAAGCGAAGAACAGGCUGCAGAAGAAAGAAUCAGAUUCGCUAGGGAACAAUCUUUGAGUGGUGUAAGUAAUGGUGAAGAUAUUCCGGCUGUUGUUGGUUGGCACUAUGACUCCCAGCCACUUGUCUGUGUUCUUAUGCUAUCAGAUACAACUAAUAUGAUUGGUGGUGAAACUUGUUUAAGAAAAGGA